UAGGUCUUCUUAGAAGCAUCAUCACCAGCCAUGAACAAGCUCUACAUCGGGAACCUCAACGAAAACGUGACUCCAGCGGAUUUGGAGAAAGUCUUCAACGACCACAAAAUCUCCUUCUCCGGCCAGUUCUUGGUGAAAUCUGGCUACGCCUUUGUCGACUGUCCUGAUGAGCAAUGGGCCAUGAAAGCCAUCGAAACUUUUUCGGGGAAAGUGGAGCUACAUGGAAAACAUCUUGAGAUUGAACACUCAGUACCUAAAAAGCAAAGGAGCCGCAAAAUUCAGAUAAGAAACAUUCCUCCACAACUACGAUGGGAGGUUCUGGAUGGUUUGCUAGCCCAGUAUGGUACUGUGGAAAACUGUGAACAAGUGAAUACGGACAGCGAGACAGCAGUUGUCAAUGUCACCUACUCCAACCGGGAACAGACUAGGCAAGCCAUCAUGAAGCUUAAUGGACACCAACUGGAAAAUCAUGCACUGAAGGUCUCUUACAUCCCUGACGAACAAACUGUGCAGGGAGCAGAGAAUGGACGUCGAGGGGGUUUUGGAAACCGUGGUGCCCCCCGGCAAGGUUCUCCUGUGGCUUCAGGAGCACCUGUGAAGCAGCAGCCAGUAGACAUCCCCCUCCGGCUUCUUGUUCCCACCCAAUACGUGGGAGCCAUUAUUGGCAAAGAAGGUGCCACCAUCCGCAACAUAACCAAGCAGACACAGUCCAAAAUUGAUGUGCACCGGAAGGAAAAUGCUGGGGCAGCAGAAAAAGCAAUAAGCAUCCAUUCAACCCCAGAGGGCUGUUCUGCUGCUUGCAAGAUGAUCUUGGAAAUCAUGCAAAAGGAGGCAAAGGACACUAAGACUGCUGAUGAAGUGCCUCUGAAAAUCCUAGCCCAUAACAACUUUGUGGGACGUCUGAUUGGUAAGGAAGGGCGGAAUCUGAAGAAGGUGGAACAGGACACAGAGACAAAGAUCACCAUCUCUUCGUUGCAGGACUUGACACUGUACAACCCUGAAAGGACCAUUACGGUGAAAGGUUCAAUUGAGAAUUGCUGCCGAGCAGAGCAAGAAAUCAUGAAGAAAGUGAGGGAAGCCUAUGAGAAUGAUGUUGCAGCUAUGAGUCUACAGUCACAUCUGAUACCUGGUCUCAACCUAGCUGCUGUUGGCCUCUUCCCUGCCUCUUCCAAUGCUGUGCCACCUCCUCCGAGUAGUGUCUCUGGAGCAGCACCAUACAGUUCCUUUUUGCCUCCGGAGCAAGAAACAGUGCAUGUCUUUAUCCCUGCCCAGGCUGUGGGUGCGAUCAUUGGCAAGAAGGGGCAACAUAUCAAGCAGCUUUCCAGAUUCGCAAGUGCCUCUAUCAAGAUUGCUCCUGCAGAGACACCAGAUUCCAAAGUGCGAAUGGUGAUAAUCACUGGACCACCAGAAGCCCAAUUCAAGGCUCAAGGGAGAAUUUAUGGAAAGCUGAAAGAAGAGAACUUUUUUGGACCCAAAGAAGAAGUGAAGCUGGAGACACACAUCCGAGUCCCUGCCUCAGCUGCAGGGAGAGUCAUUGGCAAAGGAGGCAAAACAGUUAAUGAGCUGCAGAACCUGACGGCAGCCGAGGUGGUUGUCCCACGGGACCAAACCCCCGAUGAGAAUGAGCAAGUCAUUGUCAAAAUCAUUGGACAUUUCUAUGCCAGUCAGAUGGCACAACGCAAAAUACGUGAUAUCCUCGCUCAGGUGAAACAACAGCAUCAGAAGGGACAGAACAGCCAGACACAAGCACGAAGGAAAUAGGAAUUUGCUUUACCCCGGUGUGUGAGAGAAAAAGAGAGUGAGUGAGUGAGUGAGAGAGAGAGAGUGAGUGAAAGAGAGAGAUGGACAAAAGAAUGAACAACAUUGACAACAGAUGAAACAAAGCCAAGCAGAAAGAGUAAUGAGCUGAUGCAGAAACCUUAAGAGUGGCUGGGAAUCAGUUUACCAUAGGCGGGUAUUAGGAACUUUCUUGUAGACGGGUGACUUAACGUCUCAUGAGCCAAAGGCAGUUUUGAUUGGCUCCUCAGGCAUGCUGUGUGUGUGUUUGCAUAUGUGUGCACAAAUUACACACAGAUAUAUAUUUGAGGGGUGAAACUUGGAUCAGCCAAUAGGGAAAAAGAAUUCUAAUCCAACCCCACACUGAAAAACACUAUGCAGUAUGUCAGAUUGCCCAGAGGGGCAGGAAUGUUAACACAUGCAAUUUGCUUUGCCUUUACCAGGGAAAGGGCAGAGAAGAGGAACAUUUUAAAACCCUCAACCCUUCCUUCCCCAAUGCAAAUAGUUUAAGGGUUGAUUCAGAUAACCAAGACCACCCUAUGCCCCCAUCACCAAAGAAAGCAUUAGCUUUUACAGUUGGCAAGGGAAGGAAAUGAGCGGGACCAGAUUCUCUAGGGUGGCCUUCCCCUGCUUUUUGUCCUCCAGGUGCUUUUACCUGGCUGUCAAAAAAUGAUGGAGAUUGUAGAUUGGAAGGGCAGCUGUUUGGAGAAGGCUACACCAUGUGGUUCCAGAGAGCCUUUCAUCCUAAGUUAUCUUUGAUAAACUGUGCUGUGGCAGUGGUAAAAACCAGUGUGCUGUUGUACAAACUGGUUAUUUGGAUUUUUAUUGCAGUAGCCAUGUCUCAGUGCAUUUUGAGCUAUCUAGGAUUUUGACCUCAAUCGUGCAGUAUGUGUUGCACCAGAUAUUUGAGCUGGCAUUGUCUCUGUAUGAAAUCAACCUGAGAAUCUGAUCCAGCAGUCUGUCUCAUUUCUAUCCAGUCCCUCUUCAUGUUGUUGGCAGGUGAGGCUGUGUAUGUUAUCAGUGUGUCCAGUUUGAUUUCAAAAUGUAGCAUCUGUUCCUCUGCAGACUAGGUUCCAGAACUGAAAAUUUAGAACAACAGGCUUUGGAAAAAUUAACCUUUUUUUGACUGUAGUUCCUGGAAUCCCCUAGUGGGUAGCAUGUCCACCGACCAUGUUGGCUGGUAGGACUGUGAGAGCUGUAGUUCAGAAAAGUAAUUUUUUCAAGCUCUGUGCAAUCCACAUGUCAGUUUGUUCCAUGUUGAUAUGACAGUUAAAACUUGCAGCACUGGUCAAAAAGGAUGAAGGAUGCAUCUGGACCCAUGCACUGUCAGCUAAAUAUCCCUGCCAGAGACAAAGAUCUGACUCUAACCAUUAAUAUCUGUGUACACAUAUGUCCUUGAGAGGCUUCCUGUCACUUUAAGGAUUAUAUUUUAGCUUAGAAUUCUUUCUGUGGAGUCAUCAGGUAUCAUUUUGUUUCUCUUCUUAGAAAUCACCAACAAGCAGAUAAGGGAAAAGUUUCUCUUUCAAAUUGGGCUUGUAACCCCAAUUAUUUUAAAAAGAAACAGAGGAUGGAGGGAGACAAGGCAAUAGCUUGAUCUUUUUCAGUGCUUGGAAAAGUUACUUUUUCGACUACAGCUUCAAAAAUGAUCAUACCCACAUGGCUAGUGACCAUUCUGGACGUGACAUUGUAGGAGUCAUUAUCUUCUAAAGUAACUUUGCCAAGCUCUGGCCAUUUCUGUAUUCUCCCUCCUAGAAAAGUUAAGUAGCUCAGUUCAGAAAUGUAUACCAAACCAUGGUUUGUGGUAUCCGUUAUUUAGAACCUAAAACAUAGUUUGAAUUUCUAGACAUUUGAACUCGCCCUGGUCUAUUUUCCAUAUGUUUACUUCUCCCAUUACUGUGGUGCCAGGGCCUCUGAAAUUGGAGGAAUGGCUGCAACUCUGAUUGACACUUCAAACAUCCCCUCAAACCACAGUUUGCAAGUUCAUUUCAAAAUUUAUUAUUUUGAAGAACUGACAAAUUGCAAAGUGGAACUUGUCAAUGCGGACAACUCACGAAACUAUAGUUAACUUUCUUCAGAUUGCAGUUCUGUAGCUAUUCAUCUGGGAGUAAGUCCCAUUGAACUCAGUGGGACUUCUGAGUAGGCAAAUAAGGAUUGCACUGUUAGAUGUCGUUUGGUAUAAAUUGAGCCAAUUUCCUUGAAAAAUCUUAUUGACUAAGGAACUAAGUAUAUUCUUUCUCUCUCACAUUCACUCUCACUUCUGUCCCUUCCCAAGUGUUUUCAUUGGUUAGGCCAGGGAAAGUGUUCAAAUUAUUGGAAAAUCAAGUAAUGGAAAAAUGUCCACCAAAGGUGCAAACCCUUAACUAACAGUCCUGGUGGCAUGAGAUUUUGAACUCUGUUGAACAAAGACAGAAACGGUGGCAUAUGUGUUGUAAAAAAUUAUGAUAUUCAUGAGAUAUCAAGCCACCAAAUUCAGGUUUUUUUCAGCUAACCCCACCCCCCUCACUUUAAGCAUGAGUUGGAUCCAGAGGAGUUUUUCUCCAAUGAUAGAAGCUUCUGCAAAUCUGUCCCAAGGUAUUUUGGUCUUGGUCUUGGUUUGAUUUUUAGUAUGAGGCUCACAUACUUAGUCUUUUCUCUAUUUAGGUCUUAUAAAAUGCAGUGUUGCAAACCAGAGUGCAGGUAUGCUCCAGAAAUUUUAAUGUUUUUAAUUGAUUUUUUAAAAAGAAUGAGUAAGGUAAUUUCACCAUAUUUUUUUAGAAAACUAUUUUCUUCCAAAGCCCCUCUCUUCAUUUUGCAGGUUUACAUUUUGAGGUAGUAGUGUAGACCACAGCAGAAUCCCUGUCUCAAACAUGCAUAUCUCUAUACAUACCUCUAAAACAUCAGUGUUUUAGAGCUACGGAUUUCUGUGUCUGCCCGAGGUUCAUGAUCUGAGCAUUCAACAUUCAUAAAGCAAUGUGACUUAGCAUAUGUAACAUCCACACCUAGAGGCUUUAGAUGGAGCGAGCAGAUGUGGAUUGCAACCUAAGACUUCAAUCUAAUCCACACUGCAGAAAUAAUCCAGUUUGACACCACUGUAACUGCCUUGGCUCAGUGCUAGGGAAUCCUGUGAAUUGUAGUUUGGUGUGGCACCAGAGCUCAACUACAGUUCCCGUAAUUCCCUAUCAUUGAGCCAGGGCAGUUAAAGCCGUCUCAAAACUAGAUUAUUUCUGCAGUGUGGAUUGGACCUUUGUUGUUCAUAUAAUGUGUUUGUUCCACUCAGUCCUGGCCUGUCACUGCUGAACAGCCAUUUCCUCCCUGCCCAAUUUUCAGCUGAAGGAAGCCACAGCCAUCACCUCUAAUAAUGACUCCUUGCUGUUACUUUUGCUUGGAAACAUUACAUUUUAAAACUACAGUUCCUCGAAUCUUCCAGACAGCAUAGCUAGUGGGCAGUCUGCGAGUUGUAGUUCAAAAACUAACUUUUCCAGGCUCUGGUACACUUCUAUGGACAUAUACCAUCCAGUGCUACAAGGCAGAUCCUGGAAAUGUUACUGUUCAAAAUAACAUUCCCAUGCUCUGCCUUCUAGCAUCUGAUGGUGUAUGCACAGAGGAAGUCUUGCAUAGAGAUGGAGGUUGCCCUCAAGAUAUUUUGGGGAAACGUGCCAGUUGCUUCUUUCUGCCCUUGGUUGCCGAUUCCUGAAGCUACCUCUGUAACAUGCGGCCAUUACCUUUUACUAAACCGGCAGGAUUAUUAAUGGCUUGAUUUUUGUGAAUUGGUGAGGUUGUUGGGCAGGGUGUCAAAUUAUUUGAAAAUCUUGUUCAGAUAUCACUCAGAUCUCUUGCCCUCUACAAUCUUUAAUGUGAAGACCAUAGGCUGUCAGAUGGAGGUAUCUAAAGUCCCUUGUGUUAAGCAACAGUCUCCUAGAAUGGACUGGGCUUCUAUGAAUUUCAGAGGGUUCUUUUUCCCAUCAUAGUGUUUGCUGCUGGACGUCAUUGCAAAGGGAAACGCCAGUUGGUGAACUUCCUUUCGAAUCCUUAAAGAGGCAGAAGCUCUUGUCAUUUUAGGUAUAACGUUCUCCUACCUUUAUAGGAACCUCAUAGAUAUACCAAAAAGAAGAGAUGUUUGCCUUGAUCCAGAGGAUGCUAGGAGCUGUGUGCAUGUCAAGUGUUUUGGGAAUGGAAUUCACAGCACAGGUGAAUAUGUUGCUUAAGGAGCAUUGUGAUCUUAUUUGCUCAUUCCACUGACUCCUCUAUGGAACAGGUUUUUCUCCAUUCAAAUGGGAACGAAGAAUGGUGCAUACAGUGGCAUUAUCUGGAUCAAGACAAAUGACUUCCUGAUUGAUCAUAACUACCUGUUUAAAAUGGCUGAUCUGGGGACUUACAGUGCAAUCCUACACAUUGAACAUUAUAGUUCAGUUGAACUUAAUUCCUAUUAAGUGUGUAUAGGAUUUCACUGUUGAGGGCCUGAUCCCAAGGUUAAAAUUCCUGCCAGGGUAGUAUAGUAAGCAUCCUAAUGUAUAUUUAAAAAAACAAACAGGGAAGGAGAGAACUUGCCUCCAUAGAAACUAAAUAUUAUGUUUUAAAUUAGUACUUAUAUGGAUGUUUGGAUUACUUUUGAGGGACUGGAAGGAGGAAAUAAAGGGGGGUUUAAAAUGAAACUGAAAGUAAUUUCUUGCAAAUUGGUUUUAUUUCAAAUGACUAAAUCCCCCCUUCUUAAUUUUGGCAAAAAAAAUCUGCCACAAGAAUAUUGAGUGUCUUUAUGAGGCGAUACCAAAUAUAGACAUCGGAAGAAUGUAAUGUGGUUACUGGUCCCAGUCACUCUUACAUGAAUUUUUAAAAGAAAGAAACAAUGUUUUAAAAAUAUAUACAGUGGAUUUGUAUUUUGUGGAGGACCAGAAUUGUUUGCCUGGCAGCCUGAACACAGGACAAAGUUUCGUCUCUGCGUUAAAAUAGGCUUCAGUCUAGUUAAUCUGCAUUUUCCCUUGUGGAUUUUUUCCUCCAGGAUACACCAGAGAGCUUUGAACUCAGAUAAAUCCAAUACUAAUCAUUCUGUAAUUUGGAUUUAAAAUUGAUCUGCUUUACUAUUGUCAAAAGUACAUGGUGGUAUCUCCUCCCCUCCCCCUGGAAAAAAAAUCAUUAAAGCCUGCAAUAUCUACAUGAGCAUUGGCAUCAGCAAACUGAGUGGCAUGGCUCUUUUGUGAUGCCAAUGCACUUGCUUCCAGGAGUUCAACUCCCAAAUUAGUGUGUGAAUCUGACUGAAUAAAGUGGAUCUUCCAGGUAGAGUGUGCAGAGGAAUUACAACUUUAUUUCCAUUUGAUGCACCUGCUGCUGUUUCAAAUUAAAAGAGUAGGACAAAGUAUCAAGACACACAUGCAGAUAAUUUGGGGGUGGGGGAGAGGUACUGGUCAAGUAAAAGAAAGUGUCAUGUCUGUGCCAGGUUGUUUGAGUGGUGGGAAUGGAUAGAGCUUAGAAAACUUACUUUAAGGGCUACAGUUCUCUGGCUUAACUGCUGCAUGGGUUUGGCGUGUAGUAGUCCAAAAAGUAAUGCUUCCAAGCUGUGGAAAUAGGCAACUACUAGCCCAAAGUGAUUGUUUUGAACCCUGGUAAGAUGGCAGACCAUAGAGUCUUGUUAAAUUGAUGAAAAAUUCAUGUCAGAAGGUUUUGAUACCACUGGGAAGCUGCUAUAACCAUCCUUUUGAUUAUAGUAUGGCUAUUCUGGAGUGAAUGGAUUUCUGGGUCUCAAGCUCUCAUAUUGGGAAUCAGUUUCUGUUGAGAUGAUUGAACAUUGGCCUAAUGCAUAUAUUUCAGACUAGCCAAAACUUGAUGGCUGAUGAUCUCAGGAUCAUGUUUUUAUUGUAACAGAUCAAAUUUUUCCAUUAGAAGAAGGGUUGUAAAUAAGAACCUCACAGGGCAAAGCAACCCUCUUCACAUUGAAAUUGAAAUAUAGAGAUGUAUUUAUACCCACAUUUAUAUCGUAGCAGAGACAAGACUUUUGUUCUGAUUGUAUACCCUGGAUGUCCAGGUUUAACCAAGAUCAUUGAGACAGGGUCAGUUUGUCUCUUUGAAAAAGCCUUGGGAUCCGGGUUUGUGCUGUCUGACACCAGGGCAAUGAAGUUCCAAAGUAUUUCCAUGUGCCUAAUACUCGAGUGAAAUAUCUAUGGGUUUAGACUGAAGCGGCUGCAUGGAUCUUGCUGUUUUACUCUGAAGCAGUUACUGCUCUUUUUAUUCCUUGCAACCACGGGAUGUGUGCAGAAAAGGUCAGGCAUUGCUGUGUGCUUUUAAGGGAAAAGAGGAAAGAAAAAAGAAAUGAGAGAAAAAUAGGGGGGGAAAGAAGCUACCUCAAGGUAUGAACUUACCUCAGCAAUUGUUUUGUUUUUGGGCUUGCUGAUAUUUUAUAUAAAAGCUGAUAGUCUUGAAUAUUUUAUUUUUUUAAUGAAAAGAGAAGUUACGUUUCAUAAUUUCUUAUGAGCCAGAAAUUGUUAUGCAGGUCAGUAGUGUUAUGAGCUCUCUAUGGAGAACGACAGAGACUUUCAGACGUAGCGGAAAAGAUGGCAGAUUUCUCUCACCCACCCACCCUCACACCAUCCCAAAAACAGCAGUUUAAUUUCUGUCCCUUCACUUCAAGAAUUAAAUGAUAUAAUUGUGCACUGGAAGAAUCUGGCCGAUUUAUAACUUGCAUGUAUUAUUUGCAGUGUCCCAAGUUUUUAAAAUCCAUGUGAUAAUACAGUCUUCACAAAAGAUAUGUAAAUGAUACACACACAAUUGUAGUGUAUGGAUUGGCUUGAGUCUAAGUAUACUUAAUUUAGACAUUAGGGUGAGUUUACUUGAUCAGCUUAGGUGAAUGUCCUUUUUUGGAUGCUUACCCAGAUUGAAGCGCAGACCUGUUGUUUUCUCUAUAUUUGGAUAUCCGUGGUUUCUCAUUUGGUAUAUUCUAAAACUGGGAUGAUUUUUAUCACUAGUGUUGUUAAAAUGCUGUUUGCUCAGAUAAUGACACUAUAGCAACAAAAUCCCUUCAAGACAGCCGAUCCUUUGUUUGCUCUUUACGAUAGGGAGAGAGUUAUCUCUCCAGCACCAUGAGAUCAGACCAUAUUUUUUCAUGUUUGCAAGAAUUCAUAUUAAAGAACAACCAGAGAGGGGGACAGAAAAUAGCAUCCUUUGAUCGUCUAAACUCAUCCUUCACUACAUUGAACUCAAAUCAAGUUAAGUAUGUUUAGGAUACUCAGAAGCCACCUUAUGGGACUGCUUGAUGAUGAGUUAUAAACCACCUUUUGAAUCUCAGUCAAUACUUGACCUUGUAAAUAUUUGGCCCUCUUUUCCGCUAUGGUGCUGUGAAAUAUUUUACAAAGAUUACCUCAGUUUUACUGAGGAGAAACAGACCAUUUUUUAAAAAAGAAAAGAAAUGGGAGCCAAAUUUUGGUGUGGCUUUUUGUACAUUCUCAAGGACAAGAUGCAACACUCUUUGAAAGGUCCAUGGGUUUUGUUUUUAAUAUAUAUUUUUUAAAAGUUGCAUUUGCUAUAUUAUACUUUAUUGCACUUCGAGCAGAUAACCCUCUCUGAGUGUACUUUGUCAAAGGUCAGUGGUAGUAAAAUCAAUUCACAAGAGGCUAACUUGGCAUUGAUCCUUGCCCAGAUCACUUUCACCCAUAUAUGUAUGUAUAUGAGAAAGGGAUUCAUUGUUCUUGAGAGAUGCUGUUGUCAUACCUUUUAAUGUAUACUGUUCUUUUUUAAAAAGCGAGUAUCCCUUUUCUGUAGAAAUUGGAGGUUGAUGGGGGAGGUACAGAAACCCCAAAGCCCCUGAUUCCAGAACCAUUAAAAUGUAUCAGGUUUUCCCUUUGACGACAAACAGAGUUAACCAUAUGGGUUUCUAAUCUGCUUUUCCUGGCUGGGAAACACUGAUGCAGCCCCCGAUUACAUUUGUUUUGUGGGUGUGGUUUAGGCCCUUUAUAAGCAUAGAAAGUUCUGAGAUUCUAUUAGGAAAGAAAACCAGAAAUAGAUUAUAAAUUGGGAAAAGAAUAAGAAGAGUGUAUUUCAAAUUAACCGAUUGCUCUUUUCCAUUCAGAAAAUUGGGUGAGUGUUUGUGGGAGGGGGAUCUAGUUGCUUCUUUAAAAAAUCUCUUGACUUCUCUUGCUUUUAAUACAGACUUGCAUAAAUCAGUUCUUUUAAAUAAUUAUUAUUCAGACAUCAGCCAUUGCAAGUAAGGUGCUUUUUUGACAGCAAGCAAUAUAUUUGGUGUUUGGUUCUAAUUGUAUCCUUUAAAGGGGUGGAUGAAAAGACAUUUUCCCCACCUCACCCCCAGUGCUAUUAAAAAUCAAAUGGUUACUGUGCUCUCGCUCUUAAAAUUUCCAUUUAAAUAAGUAAAAGUUGGGGUGGAGCUGGGGAUCUCUGGCAUUUUUCAGAUAAGCAUAAGGUUAUCUGAAUAAGCAUUGCAGAUAGGCCAUUUCAAAACCCUGACUUCAGUGUUGAAAUUGUUGGCAUUGUAGAGUUUUUUGGAGUGACAGUUUCCAUAGUCCUCCAGGCUGUGUGACAGCUGCUGGUCAUGGUUGCUGGGGGAAAAUUAGGGUUGUCGUCCCCCAAAGUAACAUUUCUAAGCUUGUACAAGCUACUGAUGUCCAUCUGAAUUAUACAUGCAGCUGCUGUUAACUAGUGGUAGAUGCAUUAGGUUUUAAGAUCUUAUUUAGCUAUCAGGGAUAGGAGAUGACAGUGACUAGUAGAUAUUGCAGUGAUGGAUUGCUGUCCAAAAACUGACAAAAAUAUUAAGAGCAUUUUGUUUCGUUUGUUUUCAGACUUUUUUUUUAAAAA